AUGGCCUCGGCGGCCGCCGUCGGCGCGAAUGCUGCGUUGUCGCCUAGACGUAACGACGACCUGGACGACGGCGAGAUCACAAGUGCCGUCGGGUCAAAAGCAGUAGACUCGACAGACUUUAUCGACGAUGAGGAUUUGGAGGACGAUCCGAUAGGGACUGGUAGGCGGAAAGCUGCAGCUACGGAGAAUGAGGACGGCGAUGGCUUAGGCCUGGGUGAUGCCGGAGAUGAAGAUCUGUUUGGCGACGAUGAGCCUGAGACUGCACCGAAGCGACGAUUGGACGAUGAAGAGCUCGACUCGGGCGACGACAUGGACCGCAACGACCGUGCAGCCGAAGACGGUGAAGCUCCAGCAGAAGAGGCGCUGGUGGAAGCCGAGCAAGUCAUGAUGGACAUCGACAUGUCUCGACAACCCAUCCCUGAGCCCAGCGACGGCGAGAUGUACCUCCUCAAAAUGCCCGACUUCAUGGCCAUCGAACCACAAGCUUGGUCGCAUGACAGAUUCCAGCCUCCGACGACCGAACAUCACUCGAACAAACCUGCCUCCACCAGCUUCUCCGCAUACAACACCGCGCUGUCAACAAUACGAUGGAGACAUUCACCGUCAGACCACAAAAAGAUACAAUCGAACGCUCGAAUACUACGGUGGUCUGAUGGCUCCUGUACCUUCCAAAUGGGUUCCCAACCAAACGUGCAAUACGAAAUCGACGGCAACUCUCUCGCACCACCCCAACGCAACCCCCUCAAACCCACACCCCUCAGCAUACAAGCCGCAAGCUCUAAAGGAGGCAGGCAAGGCGAUGGAACAGUGCAAGGAGAGAAAUACGAUCCCAGCAAAGAAGCCUUCACAUACCUGGUCGUCCCCAACGAAGCAACAUCCACCCUUCGAGUCACCCACAAAAUCACAGGCGGCCUGUCAAUGCGCCAGCCAGCUUCCGUUCAAGACGACGCCAUCGAACGCCUCCAAGCCGCUCUCGCUACAGCCGCAAAUGCCACAAAAGUCAACGGAGCUGGAGGUCCCUUGGAGCUAGAAAUGAUUGACGUCGACCCAGAUAAACAACGCCUCGCAGCGGAAAAGUUCAUGAAGGAUAAAGAUCGCGCUGCUCGUCGCAAACUCGCCGCUGCGGAACGAGAUGCCGACCGCAGUACUAAAGUCCUCGGCCGAGCUUCGCGAUACGGUGGCAGCGGCGGAGGUGGUCUGAGCACAGGUAUGCUCGAAGAUGACGGUGACGGCGGGAUAGGCACGACUCGCGGGAGCGGACGGAAAGCUGGCGGCGGGGCGAAGAAAUCCAGACAGAGAAGGAAUAGCAUCUACUCCGACGACGAGGAUUUCGGCCGCAAGCAUUUCACCAGUAAGGAGGAUGAGUAUGAUGAGGAGGAUGACUUUUUGGCGCCGUCGGAUGAGGAGGAGGUUGUGGAGGGGGACGGGGAGGAGGAGGAGGAUGAGGAUGAUGGGAUUGUGGAGGAGGGGCGGGUGAGGGAGAGGGAGCGGGAGAGGGAGAGGACGCCGAAGAGGGAUAGGAGGGAGGUCGGGGGUGAGGGUGAGGGUGAGGAUGCUGAUGCUGAUGCUGAGGGGGAGGUUGAUGAAGGGGCUGCUCAGGCGGCGAGGACGAAGAGGAGGAGGGUUGUUGAUGAGGAUGAGGAUGAGGAUGAGGAGUGA